CCUCUUUCCACUCAAUUGUCCUCUCCCUUCACUUCAUCUCAUCUUUUCUAUAUCAUCGUUCGCUCCGUAAACCAUCAAACCAGCAUAACACUUCUCCGUCCACAAGUAUCCUCUUCAAGUCGAACUCUGGAGCAAGUAAAGUGACUUAAACACGUACUCUGGAAGGGUAAAGGACCCCUAUUCGCGUGUCAGGGAAGCUUCGUUCAACCCAGCUUCAUAUUCGAUACUCACUUCAUUCCGAUCACUGUACCCACACUUCUCUCAAGAGACGACAAAUUGAGGAAUACAGAGAGAUAGAGAGAGUAAUCAGACAACCAUGUCGGUAGAGAUCUCACCUGCGAACCAAUUGGGUUUCCCACGCCCUCUGACCACUACCGUCAAACGAUCCAUUCUUCUUCAUAAUCCUCAUUCCGCCCCUGUCGCUUUUAAAGUCAAGACCACAGCUCCUAAACAGUAUUGUGUGAGACCCAAUAGUGGACGGAUUGAACCUGGUGAGAACGUGGAGGUUCAAGUCUUACUUCAACCACUUCCCGUCGAGCCGCCUCCUCAUGCGAAAUGCAAAGACAAGUUUCUAGUCCAGUCUGCGUACAUUGCACCAGAUUCGGAAAUGCACUCUUUGGCGGAAAUGUGGAUGAAUGUCGAGAGGGCAAACAAGAGCGCAAUAUCCGAACACAAGAUCAAGGUGGCUUACUUACCACCUGAAGAUGGUAGUGGGAAUGUCAACGGUAUCCCGGAGGAGCAGGAGGCUGAAUUGGAGCAAAGCCGUUUGAUGGACGAGUCUCACAUGUACGCCGCUGCCGAAUCUUCUCCCGUCGCUACACGGAUCAACGGCGAUCAUUCCCCCGUCGUUCCCACUUCCCCCGCUAACGGUGUUCAUACUCCCGAGAAACCCAUUCCAGUCCUCGGUCCGGGGGACGUCAUUGCCGUCGGUGCAUCUCCUACCAACAUCGCACUCGAACAAGGUCUCGCAGCCACACAAUCCGAUAGCGAAAAACUCUCCAUCGCUCUCAAAGAACUCGACUCUCUUCGUGCUCAACUCGCCGAAGCACAAGGUCCUCAAGUCACUGGUUUGCGCAGACGCGGUGGACCCGCCCCGACCAACGGUACGAGUGUGGAGACUGCUGUGGAAAAAGCGAAAGACGUUGUGCAAAAUGUCGGAACACAAGGAGUUCCGGUGGAGGUCGUAGCUGCCCUUGUGGUAGGGGUUUUCGUCAUGACCUAUCUCUUCUUUUAGUUGCCACUCUCGACAUACAUAUUUUCUCCAGCAACGUGAACGUUUCAGAUUUGGUCAAUGAGUUCUUUGUCGAGAUGAGGAGCGUUGUGGAGUAAAAUGGUUUUAGGAAGGGGGAGGAAGAGAAGAACCCGGGUUAGAGGGGAAAUGAUGGAUAUGAGGUAGAUGGACAUGAGCUGUAACUUAUAGGAUAUUACAUGAUCUCUUGUGCCCAUUAUGUCCGCGCUGCCUUCUACAUGUGGACCGUCUUUGAUUCUCUGAUGCUAUGAACACACAUGACUCAAGCUGGAAUGUGGAGUGGUCGACCGCCGAAGACCGAGUCUAGGCGGAUUGUAAGGGAUUUAAGUUUGUACCUCGUUUUGGUUACCGAAUUAUGGGCUUGGCAGGAGAGGAACAUUCCACCAUGACGAUACGACAGCUUGAUGAGGUUUCCCUGUGUGACAGUCUCUUGCGAAGGAAUAUCAAUGACGCUCUAUGUAUAUUCUAUUCUCCUUC